AUGCCUACGAUCAGUGUAGACAAAGCACAGCUUUACGAAGCCCUCGGGCAAAAAUAUACAACAGAGGAAUUCGAGGAACUUUGCUUCGAAUUUGGGAUAGAACUUGACGAAGAUACUUCAUGUUCGGAGCGUCCAACUAUCAAUGGAAAAGAAGAACCCGCGCAGCUCAAAAUUGAGAUACCUGCUAACCGCUACGACAUGUUAUGUUUCGAGGGAAUCGCACUGAUGCUAAAUGUCUUCCGGGGAAAAAUUCAAUUUCCAAAUUAUCAAAUUGUGACACCUUUGUGCGAAGAGAUGGUAACUAUAACGGUACACCCAGAUACAAUGAAGGUCCGACCAUAUGUUUCAGGUGCCAUAUUGCGGAAUGUCAAGUUCACUCAGGAGGCUUAUGACUCGUUCAUAUCGCUUCAAGAUAAGCUGCAUCAAAAUCUGGCCAGACAGAGAACUCUAGUAGCCAUCGGUACCCAUGAUUUGGAUGUGCUAGAAGGACCGUUCACAUAUGAAGCGCACCCACCAAAAGACAUUAAAUUCACUCCAUUGAAUCAGACGAAGGAGAUGGAUGCCGAAGAGCUCAUGACAUUCUAUGAGAAUGACAAACAUUUAGGGAAAUACCUCCAUAUCAUUAAGGACAAGCCUGUUUACCCCGUAAUAUAUGAUUCUAAACGAACUGUGUGUUCUAUGCCUCCCAUUAUCAAUGGAAAUCACUCAAAGAUCACACUCGAGACAAAGAAUGUCCUUAUUGAGGUCACGGGAACUGACCGUACAAAGCUUGAAAUUGUGAAUAACAUUAUUAUCACCAUGUUUUCCCAGUACUGCGCGAGGCCAUUCACUGCUGAACCCGUCAUGAUAAUAUCAGAGCAUAAUGGAGAGAGCCGACAAACACCAAAUCUAAAUCCACGAAUUACCGAUGUGCAGCUCAGCUAUAUCAAUAACUUGUGCGGAUUGAACGAGCCCCGUGAGAGAGUUUGCGAACUUCUUACGAAGAUGUGUUACACUGCAAAACCUUCACCAAAAAGUGAAGACUUGAUUGAGGUCUCUAUUCCAACCACUCGUGCUGAUGUUUUACACCAAUGUGACAUUAUGGAGGAUGUAGCUAUCGCCUAUGGAUUCAAUAACCUUCCUCGUAGCUCACCUAACAAGGCCUCAACUAUUGCACAACCAUUGUUGAUAAAUAAACUUAGCGAUAUUGUCCGCAUGGAAGCUGCAAUGGCUGGAUGGAGCGAGGUUAUGCCGCUAAUUCUUUGUUCCCACGACGAAAAUUUCGGAUGGCUUAAUCGAAAAGAUCAUGGCGAUACCGCAGUUACACUUGCAAAUCCGAAAACAGCAGAAUAUCAAGUUGUGCGUACGUCAUUACUUCCUGGACUCUUAAAAACUAUUAGGGAGAACAAAAAACACAGUCUUCCAAUUAAAAUUUUUGAGGUUUCAGAUGUAGCUUUCAAGGAUUUAAGCCUUGAACGUAAAAGCCGAAAUGAGCGUCACUUCUCAGCUGCUUGGUAUGGCAAAACUAGCGGAUUUGAAGUCAUCCAUGGUUUAUUAGAUCGUAUACUACUGAUGCUGAAGUCCAAUUUUCUGGCUAAUGACUUGAGCGGCCUGGAAGGGUUGGAUGCAACCAAAGAAAAUAUUCCUAGUUCAUUAAAGCCAGAUGGUUAUUGGAUUGAAGAGGCUAAUGAGCCAAGCUUCUUCCCAGGACAUGCAGCUAUUAUUUUUCUAAGGUUGAGUGGAAGAAAAAUUCGUAUUGGCGAAUUCGGUAUUCUACACCCUACUGUCUUGGAUAACUUUGAUUUGAGAUAUCCAGUUAGCACGUUGGAGAUCAACUUAGAAGUCUUCUUAUGA